GAGAAGCACCUCGUUGUCCCUCUGCUCUCUGGGGUUGAGGACUUAAUCCUGCAGCUCUGCCAAGCUAGGCACAAGCUUGGCAUAUGGCUGCCCAGUGAAACAUUUGUUGGACUGAGCUGAAUCCUGAGCUCUGGGACUCAGAGCUGCACCCCUGGGUCUCUGUGAAUCUGUGAGGGAAGGUGUCUUUGUCAUGCGAGCAACGGGACUGUCUUUGGGGGUUUUCCUCAGGGCUUUACACUCACUCACUCUCUGAGGGUGCAUUUGUAGUCAUCCUCCUCAGUGGAAAUGCCCACCUGUCAGCAGAAGUUCUCUGGAGCUAAGCAAGAGCUCUGCCCCUAGUCUGCGGUGCUGUUUCUCUCGUCAGUUCCCCUUUCUGCAUUUGAGUUCUGGCCUCAGUGCAGAGACUUUUUCUGCCUCUAUGAAGAGUCUUAGGAGCUGUGGGGAGCUCUUAACGGCUUCUUCUAGUUGGUUCUUAGCACCUUGCUUCUGCAUCCCUCGGGAAUGCCACGGGGCUCAUGUGUCUGGUCUCUGGGAGCUGAGGUGGAUGGGCGUUUGUGACAGCACUAUGGGACUGAAAAGCAUUCUCUUUGUGAUGGCCCUCCUGCUCUCUGUUUCCACUUUUCCCUUUUUAGGUGCUGCUGCCGCCAUAAAGACUUAUUUCAACGAGACUGCGUAUUUGCCGUGUCAAUUCAUAAACUCUCAAAACAUAAGCCUGGAUGAGCUGGUAGUAUUUUGGCAGAACCAGGAGAAGCUGGUUGUGUAUGAGCUAUACCAAGGCAAAGAGAAAUUUGACAAUGUUGAUCCCAAGUAUAAGAACCGCAACAUAAGCUUCGAUGAGGAGAAUUGGACCCUGCGUCUCCACAACGUUGAGAUCAAGGACCAGGGCGAUUAUCAAUGCUUCAUCCAUCAUAAAGGUCCUAAAGGCCUUGUUCCCAGCCACAAGAUGUUCCCGCCCACUAAACUGUUAGUGAUUGCUAACUUCAGCCAACCCGAAAUAAUGGAAGGUUCUAAUUCUUCAAGCAAGUCUUACAGAAAUUUGACCUGCUCUUCUAUUCAAGGUUACCCACAGCCUGAGGAGAUGUAUUUUUUGCUAACAACUGAGAAUUCAACUAUCAAGUAUUCUACUACCAUGCAGAAAUCUCAAGACAACAUCACAGAACUAUACAACGUUUCCAUCAGCUGGUCUUACUCAGGCUUUCAUGAUACCACCAAUAGGAGCAUCAUCUGUGUCCUCUGUGUCUCGGAGAUGUGUCUUUUCUCCAAGCCUUACGAUAUAGUGCCACCUAAGACACACCCACCUCCGAAAGAUGACAUCCUGUGGAUUACCGCCCUUUCGUUGGUCAUUGUUGGUGUGACGGUAUUCUUUCUGGUGCGGUGGAAGAGGAAGAAGAAGCAGCCUGACCUCUCUCGUGAAUGUCAGGAAAGUGGUGAGUCAGUCCUCGUCUUCUCUGCAGAUUGCCGUUUUGCAGCUUCUUCCCCAUCAACUGCCUUCUGGAGCCCACUGGCUAGCACACAGGGAACCCAGACAGAAACCAUCAAAGUGGAGGAGGCCCUGACCCUGUAACACUUUCAAAAGAGAGUAGAAGACCACACACUUGAAAGGUCUGAUGGAGAAGCCCCAUGUAUUAUUAAUAUCUUGAAGACACCCUCUUCAGAAGACAAUCAAUAGUGCUACACAUUUAAUGAAAGUGUAAAGUCCAUACGAGUAUCCAGUUUUUAUACCCUUUCCUUUGCAAGUUCCUAGCCAAUCUCUUUGUUUAUCUUUUUAAACCUUUCCAGAAGAAAAGAAAAUAUUACCAUUAAUAACGGUGGGGCUCCAGGCCUCCCUGUAAGUGAAAUAGCCUCCCCGUGAUGCCAACUCCAUUCCCUAUGCCGAGAGCCAACUUUAAUUCUCUAACUGCUUCUUUUCAUCUCAGAGCACACUUGAGAGCUAAGCCCACCUGAAUGGUUCCUGGCCUGGGAAUAGUGCUUAGGACCAGUGCCUCCUGUUGAAGAUCUAGGCACCUGUCUUAGUUUUAGAAAUGGUGAUUUUAUGUAAAACUCCCAAUUCCUGGAAUCCUGACUUUCAUCUGCCAUGAAGUCUAAGAUGGUGCCUCAUCUCAUCUUGUGUAUCUGAAACUGAACAACUACCUCUUUAGUCUGGAUGGGAGUUAUGUAUUUUAUGGCUUUCUAGUUAUAAUAUUAAUAUUUUGAAAUAUAAAGAAAUCUGCGCUGUAAUAAUCACUAUGCCCUGGAGAAAAGUCUACUUGCUAAGGUUAGGCUCAGUGAGGAAAGUGUGCUGGCAGCAAUGAACAGACCAACUCAAAUUUGGGAAAUUAAGAGACAGAGAUAGAACCAGCUCUGAAUCGUGGAGCUAUUUCCGUCUGGGCUAUUGCUAAUAUUGAGGAGAUCCAUAUACCCAACAAGCUACUAAUAAGCCUUAGCAGAGAGCAAUGAACCGAGCAGGAAAGCACUGAACACUGAAACUUAUUUCCCUUCUUGAAAAAAUGACUGGGAUAAUGGUCUGAGGCAACUGUGCAAGAGUCAAGAGAGACAUCACAAUACUCAAAAGAGAAAGAGGAAAGAAAUAGCUCAGCCAACAGAGAUGCCCAUGAAAUGGCCAGUCCUUCAAGAAGCUGUGGAACAAGCAACAGAUGGACAGCCUAUCCAAAUGGAGUUAAGACAGCCAGCAGUUUCCUUGGUGGUCAGUGAGAGAAUUUGAUGAUAACUAAGUUACUGUGCUGUUUUAUCUGGCUGGAAACAGAGCUGGGGAGAGAGAGCUAUCAUCCUGCUAACGGGAUAAACAAAGAGAGGCUUGGGACUCUUUCAAGUAAUAACAGGAAGAGAAAGAGCUGGAGUGCAGAUCGGAAGGACCGAGAUCAAAAUCACCCAGAGGCUUACUUAGCCUGCCUAUCCUAAGGAGAUACCAGUUGGCCCAGUGUAGGGCUAGCAAAUUCAUGUCUGAGGACUGUUUUUGCUCAAGGCAACAACAGUAAAACUGAGUACAGGGGAUGGAUAUACUACUAGCCCAGUAGAAACGAGUGAGGAAGCCCUGACUCUAAGGAGGCAUCCCUAAGGAAUGGAACGCCUCAGUCUAAACCUCCGAGAACUUCGAGAGGCACAAGCCCAGUGAAGCUGGGGAAAAUGACCCAAUCAAGCAGGGGAGCACCCAGGACUCUACAUGUUCCAGAAGGCCUCAGGAAACAGGAGCUUGGUGUGUUCCAGGAGAAUUAGUGCUGAGAUGAAACAUUUUAGGAUGUGGAGAACCCAAAAAUGUAGAGAGGGAAGAAGAGGAGGGGGCAUGGAGCAGGAGUUCUGAAAGAGACAUCUUCUCUCCUCUCUGGGAAAGAGCAGUGAACUGGGUUCUGCUUGUCUCCCAAGGCCCCAUAUUAGGGUUCCAUUAAAAGCUUCAGCAGAUACCCUCAGAGCUUAGCAUGGAUGCAAUUAACCAUCCUAUUUGAUUGACAGGUGAAAGCACUUUGGGGUGAGAAAUUGGCUUAGAAGAAAAAACAUCACUCAGCCUCAGUGAUUUGGGAGCCUCCAUUUGAACUGCACAUUUGCAAACCAAAAACAAGAUUUUAAAGUUGGAAACAAGAAGCAUUAUGAGCAUGGGCCUGGAACUCUUCCCAAUGUUCGAAGCCUGGAUAAAAAGAUUUCUCCUCCACGAAGCCUUCUGUGUUCACCCUGAUGAGGGGAUAAUUCCUUUUUUCUCUUCUGAAUUUAUAUGAAAAGGGAAAACCUAUUAUAAAGAAAUAGUUCUUUUCAUUCCACCUAAAGGGCCCUAACCGGUCGCUGUGGAGUCGAUUCCAACUCAUGAUGAAGCCAUGUGUGUCCGAGUAGAGCUGUGUCCCACAGGAUUUUGCAGUGGCUGAUUUCGCACAAGUAGAUCACCAAGCCUUUCAUUUGUGGUGUCUCUAAAGGUCCUUGGAGGGUUGUAAACUGUUGUGUUAGCCAUGCUAAUGCUUGUAACAUCGCCAUUUGUGUGCCCGACCCCCUGCAUUCAUUAGACUCCAAGCACCUUGCUGGUUCCUAAAAUGGAUUGUAGAGAGCAGUUCUCAAUAAAUUUUUAUUAAAUUA